AUACCGUAACAAAAAAAUUGGGUCAUGUAAACAUACGUGUUUUUGCAACAGCUGUUUAAAUAUUGCAUGGCUCUAAAAAUGGCGGAAAAAUUGAGUUUAAAGGAAUUGACCAUGGAACAAAUACAGACAGCGUUUGAUAAAACGUUGAAGAACUUUAACGAACCAGGCGUCAAACUUGUUCUUAUUACAGACGAAUACAAAGACAUUGCUUUAAAGUUUGCUCGGGAAAACUUUAUGACAGAGGAACCAAUUAACAAAGGUCUUGGUAUGAAGUGGACUGAUGAACUUGAACAAUUCUGGACGAAUUCUUUAGGACUUAACCUCUCCCUUAUGUUCCUGAAUGAAAAGGAUGGUGAUCCAAUAGCAUUUCGGACCACAAGAAUAGCUCGAUAUGACGAUAAAUAUGAUAUUGAUGGAAUACAAGACCAACCGUUAAAGGAAAUGGUCCGCUAUAUGGUGUACUGUGACGAAAAGGCGGAUUUCUUUGGUCAUUUUAAUACGAAAGAAGCGUUCCACUUCUUAGGCCUUGCAGUAGCACCAAAAUAUAAACAUCGUGGCUAUGCUACGAAGAUAUUCAACACUGCAAUAGAUAUGAUUCGCAAUUUUGGAAUCGAUCCCGUGUAUCUUAAAGUCGAGGGUUCCUCGGAUUUUUCAAAAAAGAUAUUUGAAAAGGCAGGUUGUGAAAUCUUGUAUGAAAAAUUCUUCGAUGAUUGGGUGGUGGAUGGAGAAAAACCUAUAAAGGAUACAGGCAUUCACAAGUCCAUGAAAAAUUAUGGAAUGAAGUUGUCGUAGAUAUCUUGAAUGACAUGAAUGAGAUGUGUUAAAAGAAUUUCUUCAGUUGUAUAAGAAGUAAUACAAAUUAGAUGGACUUUUGAAAUUAGGUAUCAGGUUUUGUUUUUGGCAUGAUAGGGCUGGUAUUUAGUUUCCGAGAUAUAUGAAGUAUUUGAUGAAUUCUGGACUUACAGCUUUUUUCAAGAAUAAUUAUUUUGAUUGUGAAUUUGACCCAAAAAAUAGAUGCGUGUAAACGCCUUAAAUGUGGACUGAGAAUAGCACAGAAAUUCUAUUUUAUUUGUUUUAGUAUUUCAUGAAUUUUAAUUGUGGAAAUGACCCAAAACUGAAAACAUUAUCAAUACAAAGCAACGUAAGAAGAGCACAAAAAUAGGAUUUUCAACUUAUUUUUGAUUAUUUUGUUUAUUAUCUUUUGCAUAAUUAUUCGUUUUAAGUGUACCAGCUGAUCCUUGGUAAGACAAAUUCAAAAUUUAUGUGUAUAGGCUUGAAAACUCAGUGGAGUUAACAAUUGUCUACCAAAUGGUCAAUUAUAAAAAAAGUUAUAGUCAUCAAACAGUGUAGAUUGUCAUCAGAAGGUGCUUAUGUUUAAGUAAAGGAUUACUUUUUUUACAAAAACGAUAUCAUAUUCACAUUUUUAUAUACACAUUAUUCUUUGUACUCUUUUCUUGACAUAGUUAUUAAUAUCAGUAUAAAUUGUUGAAUAUAUAUCCAUCCAAAUUGAGAAAUAAAUACUCAGUGAAAAAU